CCAUGUUUGAUGGCAAAGUCCCUCACUGGCACCACUACAGCUGCUUCUGGAAGCGGGCUCGAAUCGUGUCCCACGCAGACAUUGACGGUUUCCCUGAGCUCCGGUGGGAAGAUCAGGAGAAAAUCAAGAAAGCCAUUGAAACUGGAGGUCCUGGAGGAGGAAAAGGAGGGGAACAGGAAGGAGGUGGCAAGGCUGAGAAGAGCCUAAAUGACUUUGCUGCAGAAUAUGCCAAGUCUAACAGAAGUACUUGCAAAGGCUGUGAGCAGAAAAUAGAAAAGGGCCAGAUCCGGAUUUCCAAGAAGAUGGUGCAUCCUGAAAAGCCGCAGCUGGGAAUGAUAGACAACUGGUACCACCCGGACUGCUUUGUGAGCCGCCGAGCAGAACUGGGCUUCCUCCCGGUGUACGGAGCCUCCCAGCUCCUAGGCUUCAGCAUCUUGAAAGCUGAAGAUAAGGAAACUCUGAAAAAGCAGCUCCCAGCCACCAAGAGUGAAGGAAAGAGAAAAGGAGAAGAGGUAGAUGGAAAUGUGACUACAAAAAAGAAACAGAAGAAAGAAAAAGAGAAAGAAUCCAAGCAGGAGAAACAGCUGAAGGAGCAAACGGAGCUGAUCUGGGGCAUCAAGGACGAGCUGAGGAAGGUCUGCUCCACUAACGACCUGAAAGAGCUGCUGAUCGCCAACAAGCAGGAAGUUCCUUCAGGGGAGAAUGCCAUUUUGGACCGAGUGGCAGAUGGGAUGGCGUUUGGAGCUCUGCUUCCCUGCGAGGAGUGUAAGGGGCAGUUUGUGUUCAAGAGUGACGCGUACUACUGUUCCGGGGAUAUUACUGCCUGGACCAAGUGCGUUGCUAAAACGCAGACCCCCAACAGGAAAGACUGGGUAAUCCCAAAGGAGUUUCGGGAAAUUCCUUACCUGAAGAAAUUCAAGUGUAAGAAGCAGGACAGGGUAUUCCCUCCCGAUGCUGCAGCUGCGAACUCGGUGCCUCCUCCUUCCGCAUCUGUUCCUGUGACAGAGACCAUGUCUGCACCCAGGGACAAACCACUGACCAACAUGAAGAUCCUGGUUCUUGGAAAGCUGUCAAAGACCAAGGAGGAGACGAAGGGCGUUGUGGAGGAGCUGGGAGGAAAGAUGACGACAACAGCGAACAAGGCCACGCUGUGCAUCAGCACACAGAAGGAUGUGGAGAAAAUGAGCAAGAAGAUGGAAGAAGUGAAGGAGGCCAAAGUCCGUGUGGUCUCGGAAGGGUUUCUUCAGGAUGUGAAAUCCUCCAGCAAGGACUUUCAGGAGCUUGUGUCUCUCCAUGCGCUUUCACCUUGGGGUGCGGAGGUGAAAAUGGAGCAUGAGGAAAUGGCCGUGGAUGGGAAGUGCAGCAAGCCCCCGAGUAUGAAGAGUGCUGGGAAGGUCAAAGAAGAACAAGGACCUAGCAAGUCUGAAAAGAAAAUGAAGCUAACGGUUAAGGGUGGAGCAGCAGUUGAUCCUGAUUCUGGUUUGGAGGAUUCUGCUCAUGUGUUUGAGAAAGGUGGAAAGAUUUUCAGUGCAACUCUGGGCCUAGUAGAUAUUGUGAAAGGAACAAAUUCCUAUUACAAACUGCAGCUGCUAGAGGAUGACAGAGAGAACAGAUACUGGGUGUUCAGAUCCUGGGGGCGUGUGGGCACUGUCAUUGGGAGUAACAAGCUAGAGCAGAUGCCAUCAAAAGAAGAUGCCGUUGAACACUUCCUGAAUUUGUACGAAGAGAAAACUGGAAAUUCUUGGCAUUCAAAGAACUUCACUAAAUAUCCCAAAAAAUUCUACCCACUGGAAAUAGAUUACGGACAGGAUGAAGAAGCUGUCAGGAAACUGACAGUGGGUGCAGGGACUAAGUCAAAACUUGCUAAGCCAAUCCAAGACCUUAUUAAGAUGAUCUUUGAUGUGGAGAGCAUGAAGAAAGCGAUGGUGGAAUUUGAGAUUGACCUGCAGAAGAUGCCACUGGGAAAACUGAGCAAGCGACAGAUCCAGAGCGCGUACAGCAGAGAAGAGGAUGUGCCUUCCAGGGCGAUCUGGUGUGUCCACCCCGAAGAGAUCUGUGUGAGGAUGAGAAUAAAGGCAGUUUCUGACAAUCGUUCAGAAUCCCAGAUCUUGGACCUCUCCAACCGCUUCUAUACUCUGAUUCCUCAUGACUUUGGGAUGAAGAAACCACCUCUCCUUAAUAACUUGGAAUACAUUCAGGCCAGGCUGGAUGUGGCUUUGAGC